AGUCCCCGCCCCGUUGUUUACCGGGCCUGAGGAGCAGAAGAGGCGUCGUCGGCGCCGGGAGGAGCGGGCUCGGGCUGGCGCUGCCUCCUCCUCCUCCCCUUCCUUCCUCCCUCCUUCCUUCCCCGCCUCCAUGUUGUGUCCUGAGGGGGCUGAGGCAACGGCGCCCUUUUCGUGGCCGAGGGGAGAGGGCGGGGCGGGCGGGCGAGCAGGCGGGCGGCGGAGGAGGCGGCGGAAGCAGCAGCAGCAGAGACGGCGGCGGCCUGAGGAGCUUGGCGGGCCCUGAGGGGAGAGAGGGGAAGCCCUCCCCACCCCUUCCCCACCUUCUUGGCCUCUCCAAGGGGUCCCUGAGCGAGAAACAUUGGGGAUGAGGCCUAUAUCGGAUUCCUCUUUGGGGGGGAAUGGUGCCUGCUUGGGUUGCUUUGGUCAGGAUCUUUGGGAGGAAGCAAUGAAGCAAUGAGGGGCCUUGGGGUGAGAUUCCCAAGGAAGGAAUGACGUGAAGACUCCUUUUUGGGUUGCUUGGCUUGUUUGUUUUGCUUUCCUUCCUCUCUCUCAAUAUAUCAUUUUGAAAGGAAAGCUCCAAAAUUAGGACAGAUUGAGGGGUGUCCCCCCCCCUCUCUCUUUUUCUGCCUCUUGAAACCUAUCCUGCAUUUCAAUUUUGUGCCUGUGGCAAGGAUUUUGGACUGGCAUUUGGGUUGGCAUUCUUCUUCUACGCCUUCUGUGAUCUUUUGGAUGUUUUGAGAACUCAAUUCAUUGAAAAACAACACAAGAAGAAGAAGAAGGGACUUGUAUACAUACGCCUGCUGCCUUCUAUUACAUUUUUUUCAAGCUUGGCUUCAUUCCUGGAGGAGUGUUUGCUUUUUCUCUCUCCAUUUCUCAACAUAUUAUAAACCCGCCUAUUGAUUUCCUCAAAGGAAAAUAGAUAAUAAUAAUCCUACAUUUUGAAAAGAAAAAAAAAGACACGGAGAAACAGACACCAAACCUGCCUCCAAUUGAUUUCCCAGAUAAUAAUAAUCAUACAUUUUGAAAAGGAAAAAAAAAGGACGCGGAGAAACAGACACCAAAUCUGCCUCCAGGAGGGAAAUAGCCAGGUGAAAACAGCACUCAGUUUCCAUGGACAACCCGUCCAUUAUCACCCAGGUGACUAACCCCAAAGAGGAAGAAAUCCUGUCAUGCUCUCAGGAUAAAGUGUCCCAAUGUAAUCUCAGUUUGAAGAAGCAGAGGAGUCGAAGCAUCUUUAGCACCUUAUUCUGCUGCUUUCGUGACUACAAUGUUGAGCCACCAUCUUCCAACAGCACCAGUGUCCUUCCUCCAUUGGUGGAAGAAAAUGGCGGGCUUCAGAAGGGUGACCAGAUGCAGGUCAUUCCCAUUCCAAGUCCACCAGCUAAAUACCUCUUGCCUGAAAUGACAAUAUCUGAUUAUGGGAAGAAAUGUGUGGUUAUUGAUUUAGAUGAAACACUAGUGCACAGUUCCUUUAAGCCAAUUAGCAAUGCUGAUUUUAUUGUUCCAGUUGAAAUAGAUGGAACUAUACAUCAGGUUUAUGUACUAAAACGACCGCAUGUGGAUGAAUUUCUCCAGAGGAUGGGAGAGCUGUUUGAAUGUGUGCUGUUUACAGCCAGUCUAGCAAAGCGUGUACUUUUGUCUGCUAGUGUGUGGUAUGCAGACCCAGUGGCAGACUUGCUGGAUCGCUGGGGUGUGUUCAGGGCUCGGCUCUUCAGAGAAUCCUGCGUUUUCCACAGAGGAAACUAUGUGAAGGAUCUAAGUCGACUGGGGCGAGAGUUGAGCAAGGUUAUUAUCGUGGAUAACUCCCCCGCGUCUUACAUCUUCCAUCCCGAGAAUGCAGUGCCUGUGCAGUCCUGGUUUGAUGACAUGACAGACACGGAAUUGUUAGACCUCCUUCCGUUCUUUGAAGGACUAAGCAAAGAGGAGGAGGUCUACACUAUGCUUCAUAAACUCUGCAACAGGUAGCCUUCCAAGCCGAAACGCACUGCUUGGCUGCAGCCCCUCUGGGGGGGCUUUCAGAAUUAACACAGCAUCUCAAAGAGGCUGCUCACGUCAAGAGUUAUAAACACUCUCGCUCUUCCUCUUGCAAUGCUGUACGUGAAGGACAAUCGUGAACUGAUGCUACUAAAAUCGUGGGAAUACUGAUGCCGUAAGGUGAUAAGACUACUUUUUUAAAGAAAAAAAAAUAUAAGAAAUCGAAACAAAGCUAUUUUGAAUGGGACUGUUUUAAUGAAUUUCAUAAAUGGACACCUUUUACAGAUCCUGCUUUUUUUCUUAAAACAUGCCAAAAAAGUAUAUUUAAAGCUUGAUGUUGUUUCAGCACGUCGACUUGACCCUUUUCCCAUCCCCACUCGUCCCAUCCCAUCCCGCUAUGCAGACCAUUCCCCCCACUCCAUCCUGCUUAUAGAGCAGUUGACCUGACUCUGAACUUUCUUUCUUCCAUGAUAAAAGUGCCUUUUCAAAUGUUGUUUUAAGAUUUAAAGGAAAAAAAUAAUCAUUUUUGUAUGAGGCGUAUUUCCAGACAUCUUCUAGUCUUGUAUUGUUUAAAUGCUUGAAGAGGAAGAAGAAAAAGAAGAGGAAAACGGCGUUGGAAAUCUUUUAUUGAGCAUCGUGUUAUGUGGAGGUAAAAAGGAGAACAUUGUUAGCAGUUGGAUGGGGGUUCUGUUUCUUGGAUGUUGUAUUAGUUUUUCAUUGGGUCAAGCUUGAAAGAAUCAGUAGUAUGUAAGCAGGGAUACUGCAGUCAACUGGGUAAUAUACCAUAUUUCAUUUCAUAAUAGUCACACCCCCUGUUUUAUCCUAAAAAGGAAGGUGCGACUAUUACGUGAUGAAAAAAAUCUGUCUUUGAUUCUCCAGUUUCUGAUUUUAAUUUUUAAAAAAUAAGGCUAUAUCUUUAAAAGAGGAAGAGGAGGAGGGAUGAUCCAACCUUGAGCAAACAGCCUUGUUUCUGUUUGCUUGUUUAAACUUUUCCCUCUGAGGAAAGAGGAUGGAAGAUCCUCUUCCUUUCCAGAAAUGGAAGUCUUUGAAACUCCGAUCUUCCCUUCUUCCUUUUUCUCCAAAGGCAAGGCAGCUCUUUGGUGAAAGGAGAUAAGGCCCGAGUUCCAAAGAUCUCAGUUUUAUAGUUUUUAAACUACCUUUCCUUCAGAGAAAGAAGGAAGGACUCUGCGACUAUUAUGCGAGGAACACAAAAAUACCAAUUUUGCCACCUCCAAAUUACUCUGUGGCAACAAUAAUGCAAUGAAAUACGGUAUAUACGUCAGUGACAUAACUGUCUUAAUAAUUUGGGGCAUGUUUUGCACAUAGCUUACAGUUUGUCUGCAUUUUCCGACCGAGUAUGGCGAAAUGGAAUGAGAUGUACACACACAGUGGCAAGCAUAUUCCUCAGCGCCUUCCAGAAGGGUCUUCGAUAGCCUUUGCUAACGCACAACUGCCAGGUAUUUCUGUUGUUAGUGAUGAGAUACUGCUAUAAAUUAUUGAAGACGAGGGGAUUAUUUAUGAAGCUUGAAUUCUUCCCAUAAGCAAAGAUGUAAAUUGAGCUGUUUGCAAAAUACCCCCUCCCCCAAAAUAGCCCAAUAAAAAAAAUUGGGAGGUAAACCAGGAGCACACUUUUCACCCCAAACAAUGGGGCACGCACAGGAGGCAGUUCCCGCUUUAAUUGUGCUCUGGAUAUUUUCUGGACUGCUGCUUCAGAAGACUCCCCCAACAGAGCUGAACCCUGGCUGUUAUACUGUUCUUCGCCACUGUGCCUGUGCUGCUGAAACCUUUGUUGAAAAGCUGCAAAACACGGGCAACAAAUCAAAACGCUGGCUUUCUGCUAAAGGCCCUUUAACAACAUAUAUUGGCUAAUGUCAUCAAGGAUAACUCCAUAGUUUGCCUUUAGAAAAAUUGGGGUGGUGUUCCCUCUUCUUAGUACUUUGGGUUUUUUUUUUUUAUGUUUCUAUGCUUCUCUUGUUAAAAAAGAAACAGCGAAGUUGAUUCUGAUUUGUCCCAUGGCUAAAAGAUUUUGUAGCAUCUCUCAAGUGAGAUCUGGGAUUGUUGACCCUUAACAGGAGUGCAGAAAAUAUUAAAAUGGAGUUUCACUAUGAAAAACGUUGAGUUGGGAGUUAUCCAAGUGUUGAAAUCACUCCACUGAGAGUUUGCAUUAGUAUUCUUAAAUUGUUCUGUGUUGCUUUGGAGCAUCACUUUCAAAUUUGAUCCUGCCCUCCUCGACUUUGGCAAAGAAUGUCAGAGUCUGUCCUUGAGCUAUCAAAAAUACCUUUUUUGGACCGCACGAAGCUCAGAUUUACACCAGUGGAAAUAGUAGUUGCUCAAAUUUAGCCAUACUGGACAGGAAUUGUCCAAAAAUGUUUUGGUGCUCAACCCAGUCAGCUGUCGAAUGCUGAAGCUGGCUUGUUGUCACUCCUUGCCUUUACCUGGAUAUAUAAGGCCAGUAGGAACCUCCUCAAGGAGCUGGAAUGGAUUUCUACUCCUUAGCUAAAAACAUCUAAGAAGCAGCUUGAACACAUUAAUUCACUGGAAGAAGGAGGUGGGGAACACCUCCAUGAGCAUGGAAAAGGUCAGCCUUCCCCAUCAUCAUUGGGAUGUGCUGAAGUAUAGCUCCCAUUAUCCCCAGCUGACCUGGCCACCAGGUUGGAGGGGGCUGCCAUAGGUUACCACAGGCACAGUAGAAGACAGACAUUGCUCCAGUCAUCCCCAACCUUCACCCUUGAAAUGAAUUGGACUGCAAUCCCCAUCAGUCCCAUGGCUCUGCUUGCAGCUCAUAGUAGGAUUAUGGGAGUUGCUUUCCAGCAUAUCUCAAGAAACCCCAGUCUGGGGAAAGCUGCCGCACUGCAGUUUCUCCCAGUGUUUGCAGCGCUCUUUAUAAGCAGGACAGACCUAUUAACCCCAAAAGGAUCUCCCAUCGAUAACACCAUCAACGCAUUGCUUGCCCUUUGGAGGUCAUUCCCUUUAGUACUGUAUGUUUCGUCUGCCAGGAAUUUGGCAACAUGGAAAAUACCCAACCAUUAGGGCAUUUCUUUCCUUUUUAUUAUUAUUAUUUUUAAAAAGUAUGGAUUCUGGUUAGUCCAUAAAGCUUAACUGUCAUUCGAAGUGUUCUCCUGAUUUUGUAUUUGAAUUCAAAAAUAAUGAAACAGUUGUACUGCCAAAGAGUGUUCUCUGAGCAGUAUUUUUUCCACUGUGUUUCUGGCCUUCUGAGCCUCAAAUGCAGUCUGCAGGGAAAGUAUUCAGGUUGUAGCGGGGGCAAGGAUGAUGGGAAUCGUUGGAUUUAAGUCUAAAGAAAACCACGGGUGGUUCUUCUUUCUUGUACUCAAUCUCUGGAUCUUCCCAACUGCCAGCUGAUAUCAUCUUGCCCUUUCUAGUGUGGUGUGACCUUCUGACAGUUUUAUGAGAUCUGUUUGUACAUAAUACAGACCAUUUUCAUUCAGUGUUCACUUUUUUAUAAAAUCAGUGAUUUUAUCUCUAA